UUAAAAGUCAGGGUGAAAGGUUAACGAGGUGCAUGAGUGUGUCCCUAAGACCUGAUCCUACCUGACCCUAUAAGGCCUCUGACCCCUGACAAGACCUCUGACCCCUGACAAGACCUCUGCCUGGUAGGUGGAAUGACACUGGUGGCGACCCAUCGACCUGUUAAACUCUUCGUUGUGUAUGUUUCUUUUGGUAACCUAACACGGUAUCACGAUCACAUGGUAAAUCAAUGCGAAAAGGGGUACGAAUGCCGGCCCAGUUCCAUCUCCCGCUUCCUGGCCACUGGGCUUCUCUCUGUGAUGAGAAUUCCAGGGCUGAACUUUGUCACAAUCCGCCAUGUGUGUGUGUUCGUGUGGUCGACACCUGCUGUCCCCACGAAGAUAAGAAAGUAAACCCUGAAAAAUUGGACGCCUAGAACCAUUAAGAGAGACAGAGAGAGUACGUUGCGCGCGCGCGCCUUUCACCAAACCGAAGAGGAGCAGGAGGCUCACGGAAGAGCACGUAGUCAGGUGGAUCCUCUCGCGCAGACCCGAAGAAAGGUGACAAGAUCCUUAUGUUCUGGUCUUCUGUGUCCAUUUCCCUUCAGCUAUUUUCUUAAUGACACUGGUGAACGCGGUUUGCGAGGCUCUAAAACGCCCGCCACCGUAACAAGAGUAGCUUCUCCGGAUCCUUUCUCAUUAAACGAGCAACAGCUGUUUUCCUGCAUUUAAGCAACAUCACGCGUGGUAACGACGUCAUUUAACCACGAAUGUCGCGUUGUGGUGGUGUUCUUUUAGUGGACCACUGACCGUUAUCGAUCGGAAACCCUGCUGCUUCAAAUGCGUGUGGACUAACAUUGGACUAAACUGGAACAUCGAUAAUAUUUACCCCAAACAUUCUGGAUAUCUUUACCGGUUGUGGGAGAGCGAAUUGGUUGUGAUGUGAUGUAGUGGCGGAGAGAGGGAGGGGGAACAUGCCUGCUGAUGUUGCUGUCUCAUUGAGUCUCGCUACCCUCCUGCUGGCGACCUGGCACACAGUGAUGGUUGUAGCAACUGUGCCGGCGGCCCCGGUGAACGUCUCAGUUACCCAGCUGAGGUCGGACUCCGCCACCAUCACCUGGAGUGUCCCGCAGGGAGACGCUGUCAUCGGAUAUGUCAUAUCUCAACAGAGGCAGGACGGGCUGAUGCAACGCUCUAUUCGGGAGGUGAACUCGUCGAGUCGAGUGUGUGUGUUGUGGGACCUGGAGGAAGACACUCAUUACAGCAUACAGGUCCAGUCCAUUGGGCUUCAGGGAGACAGCCAGCCCAGUCGGACUAUUCACUUCAGAACUCUGGAGAAGACUGACCACUACCCAAUAGGAGUCCUGGAAGAUGACCCCUCCAUGGAGGGCCUGGACAUGACCCCUAACCUGCAGACUGGAGAGCUACUCAUCGUCACCACUGUUCUCCUCCUGUGGGCAGCGGUUAUAGCACUGUUCUGCCGUCAGUAUGACAUCAUCAAGGACAAUGACUCCAGCAGCAGUAAGGACAAAACCAAACGCCCCUCUGUCCGGACCGAACCAUCGUACUACAGUACCACCGCCUCAGCUCAGAGCACACCACUCUACCACUAUGGGGGGGUGCAGGGCAGCAAGUUCCAUCGAACCUCCUCGUCCAUCAGCAUCAUCAGGGUGUGACAGGAGAAGACUCACAGCUGUCAUCAACUUACACAACUUGGGAGGAACAUUAAUUUCAUCAUUAACCUGUGACAUAAGAGAUGGCUAAAUCAACCGUCAAGAUGGCCAGUGGCUGAAUUUCAUUAUCAACCUGCUACUUGGGCGAUGGCUAAAUUACAUCAUCAAGCUGCGACCUGGCUGAUGGCUGAAAUGGCAUCCUUACCCUGCCACUUGGGCGAUGGCUAAAUUACAUCAUCAAGCUGCGACGUGGGAGAGGUCAAAAUAACAAUCCACAUGCAACAUAGCUGAUGACUUAAUUACACAAUUAAUCUACCACUCCAGUGAUGGUUACAGAAGAUUGUCAAUUGUUUUGUUCCAAUUGGAAAAAAGUACAUGCUCAGAUCCCUUUUAUGAUUACUCAUCUUUAUUUUGGUCACUCCCUCAAUCCAUCUACUAUCUCAGAACUGAGUAUUUUGAGUAUUUUAGAGAGGGGUUCUCAAUACAGUGACUGCACCAAUGCCAUAAAUCAAAACUGUUAUAAUACCAAGGGAAAGGCAAAUGUAAAGCUUUCCAUUAGAUUCCAUUGCCACGAAAUCUGUGGAAUUCGUGUUCCACUGAAGUGAUGAAACUGUGUUCUACUGCCCCCUGUUGUUCGGAAUAGUAAACAACAUACACACAGGAUCCUCUUUACUGUCCCUGUUCCAAGGAAAUGGAAAGAGACUCAGCAACAUAACUUCUACUUUUGGUUGUAAAUAAAGUAACCCUCCAUUUUAAACCCUCAUUUACUACAUUUACUGGAGUGGUUUAUCAGUGCUUAAGAGAACCUUUUACAGUUUAAUAUUGUCAAGACCACAAUGUGUAAGAUCUACUUUCAGGUGUGUGUGUCUAAACACGGAGCCUCUCUAGAAAUAUUAUAACCUACAACAGACACACAAGCUUGUAAAAGAGCCAUUGUAAAAAAGAACAGACACACAGUCUGUGUACAGAGGCAUUAUAAAUAACAACAGACACACAGUGUUAAAAGAGACAUUGUAAAAAGGAAAAGACACACUGACUGUGUAGAGACAUUAUAAGUAACAACAGACACUGACUGCAAAGAGAUGUUAUAAAUAACAACAGACACAUGGACCCUGUAUAGAGACACCAUUACUAACAACAGACAGAGAUACUAACAUCUGACCUUGCUGUACAUGCCUAACUAACAGACUAAUACCCUGUAUCAUUGAGACUCUGUGAGACUGCUCCUGUAGGCUGCUUGUGAAUCCUCCCCUGGGCAUGUGAUAGACCAAUAUACUGGUUGGCAUCCCUGGUAAUGUUGUUAUAGACCAGUAUACUGGUCGGCAUCACUGGUAAUGUUGUUAUGGACCAGUAUACUGGUCGGCAUCACUGGUAAUGUUGUAAUGGACCAGUAUCCCUGGUAAUGUCUUAUAGACCAGUAUACUAGUCAGCAUCCCUUGUAAUGUUGUUAUAGACCAGUAUACUGGUCAGCAUCCCUGGUAAUGUUGUGAGGCAGAUUCCUAGGUAGAACAGAACUCAAACCUCCAGGAGUUGCCAGCCCCUGAACUAACAGAAUCUGAGUUUACAUAGUGAGAUUAUACAACACCGUCCACAGUGUUAAUAUAGUUUGGAAAAUAUGAAUAGUUACAUGGACGAUAUGAUAGACAGUGUUGGCAUCUCAAAUUGUUAAAGCAUAGUUGAGAACCCUGUUACAAUAGGAAUAAAUGAUUAUGUUCUCAUAUGACUGGAUCAUGUAUGCCAGAUGUUAUUUAGCAAGAUAAAAUGUUUUUAAUAAACUUGUUGAACACAUUAGGAUUUGAUUAUUCUGAUCAUUUUAUUUUCAGGAACCUACUUUACUUUAGUUACUUAUAGACAGUGACAUCAGCUUAGGUAUUAUGUGUUAUUCUCUUAUCCCACUUUCUUAUCCCUACAACCCCUUCCACAUCACAGUAAGGAAGACACCCAUCCACCUUACAAAACAGGAAGGAAGACACCCAUCCACCUUACAAAACAGGAAGGAAGACCCCCAUCCACCUUACAAAACAGUAAGGAAGACGCCCAUCCACCUUACAAAACAGGAAGGAAGACCCCCAUCCACCUUACAAAACAGGAAGGAAGACGCCCAUCCACCUUACAAAACAGGAAGGAAGACACCCAGCCACCUUACAAAACAGGAAGGAAGACGCCCAUCUACCUUACAAAACAGGAAGGAAGACGCCCAUCCACCUUACAAAACAGGAAGGAAGACGCUCAUCCACCUCACAAAACAGGAAGGACGACGCCCAUCCACAACAC